GAAUUCCAGCAUCUGUCUAAAACACCACAGACCUGCGCUUCACCCACUACAUAUUGCUCAGUCCAGUUCUGUUUAUAUGAUUGUGACAGAACCGAACCUGAUGUUUAAAGUGGUGUUAGUGCGUAAAUGCCCUAGCGUGUAGCACCAGCAGUAGAGUAGCCAAAGUGAACUAGUGAAUGAAAGGUUAAAGAAGUUUUUCUUUUAGUUUUUUUAUUUGGUAACGCUAAAUAGCUGACACUUAAUAUUGUAUGUGCGAAUACUGUAAUCUGAACUUAAAAGAGCAUGGAGGCCAAUUAAGAAAGUGAAGUCUUGUAUUGCAAGUGUUAAGUAUACAACAUUACUGGAUUUAUCCUUAUAAUCUGAAAUAUAGUUAACCCUUCGUAAUUGAAGUGACUGCUGAAUGUUUUGUCAUCUGCAAUAGUUCGAAUCUCCCGAUUCAAGGAUGAUCAAGAGUGUGAAAUUCUCGUCCUAAGAUUAAUUUGAAUAGUUUGGAACAAUACAGAAAGAAUUAGAUUUACAAAAUGUGGAAUAUGAUGUGUGAUGUAAUGCCAACUAUCGUAGAAGAUAGCAUUAGUCAACGAAGCUCUCAAUUCUCUGGGGAAGAUGCUAAUUUUGAGCAACUUAUGGUCUCCAUGCUGGAUGAGAGAGAUAAGUUAAUGGAUUCUUUGCGCGAAAGUCAAGAAAGGUUACAAGAAGCAGAAUCAAGACUUCAAGAAUUAGAGAAGGAACGAGAUGUAUUAAAUCGACAAAUCACAUCAAGUGUGCCUCAGGAAUUUUCACAGUUAACAAAAGAAUUAACAUUGGCUCGGGAAAGUAUUUUGGAAAAAGAAGAAGAGAUAUCAGAGCUAAAAGCAGAGCGAAAUAACACUAGGUUGCUGCUUGAACAUUUGGAAUGCUUAGUCUCACGUCACGAGAGAUCUCUGCGCAUGACUGUUGUAAAAAGGCAAGCUGCUGCGCAGUCAGGCGUAUCAUCUGAAGUGGAAGUAUUAAAAGCAUUAAAAAGUUUGUUCGAGCACCACAAAGCAUUAGAUGAAAAGGUACGAGAGAGGUUACGUGUUUCACUUGAAAAAAACGCUAGUUUGGAGGAAGAAUUAGCACAUACCAAAGAAGAGUUUCAACAAUAUAAAGUAAGUGGUUAUACACCAAAAACUGUGGACGAUAGACCUAAGGAAAAUGGACAAACGGAUGAUACUCAACAACAUAACAAGAAUGUAGAGAUAAGCACUUGGCAGCGUAGAAUUGCAGAAUUAAGUGGUCGGAUAACGGAAUUAGAGGAAAACUUAUCUAAGGCUCAAAAAGAAUUUCUAAGGUCACAAGAAACAAAUGUUAAGCUGCAAAGAGACUUACGAGAGAAUGUUGCACAAAAAGAAGACCAAGAAGAGAGAAUUGUAACUCUUGAGAAACGAUAUCUCAACGCUCAAAGGGAAUCUAUUAGUUUACAUGAUUUAAAUGAAAAAUUAGAACAAGAACUGCAGCACAAAGAAGCUCAACUUAAGUUACAAGAAGAAAAAAUAAAUGCGAUUCAGGAAAAAUUGGAACUAGCCGAACAAAAACUGGCUCAGUAUUCGAAAUUGCCUGAAAUGGAAGAACAAUUAAAAUUGAGAAUGGAGGCUUUGACCCAGGUGAGGAGGCCAAACCAGGCCCAAGAAAGGCACGGUAGUGCUGAAGAUAGAAUUCAAAGACUGGAAACACAAUUGGAAGAGAAAAGUGCUGAAGUGAUGAGACUUAACCAGCGACUUAAAAUGAAUGAGGAACAUAACACACGACUAAGUACUACAGUAGACAAACUUCUAUCAGAAUCGAAUGAAAGGUUACAAGUUCAUCUUAAAGAAAGAAUGAAUGCAUUGGAAGAAAAAAAUGCUCUUCAGCAAGAAUUGGAAAGAACAAGAAAAGUAAUAGAAGAUUUACAAAGUGAAAAAGCAGAUUUAGUUAAGGAAUUAGGAAAGGCUCGACUGGAAAUAGAUAGUAUAAAGAGGCAAAUGCUGCAACAAGAAAUCGCUUUUAAUAUUCAGCAAACUGAUGCGCUUACCAGAAGUCUUUCACCGAAUGCAGUAGAUUCAGUAGCUUUCUCAAGAAGUGCAAGCCACGGCAGUUUUGAAACACAUUCGUUGCCCAGGAGAGGGGUAAGGAGGUCAGUGGAUGAAGAAGCAUCAAAGGGAUACGUGGCAAGAACAUUGGCGGAACAAGAAUGGGAAAAAUUGCAACAGGCUCAUGUUCUUGCAAAUGUUCAACAGGCAUUCGACGUUUCUAGCGAUGCUGAGGGUGAUGUUGACAAUGAAAGUAUAUUCAGUUCAGCUGCUGAUGUAAUCAGUUCAACUGGUCACACUGACACUCAGCAACUUGCAAUGAUGUUACAAGAACAAUUAGACGCUAUCAAUAAUGAAAUAAGACUAAUACAGGAAGAAAAACAGAAUACGGAAGCAAGGGCGGAAGAAUUAGAAUCUAGAGUUGGAAGUCUAGAACAUAUGAAUUUAUUAUCAAGAGGUAGAAGUUUGGAACGUUCUUCUCCACCACUUAGUGGUCGUUCUACUCCAAAAUCACAUCAUAGUCCUAACAGAGACUACUUGCACAAAUAUCAUACUGCUCCAGCUUCAAUGUCGCCAGCACAUCUUCAUCAGUUUGCCACGUCUUUAGUGAGUCCAGGUCAACUGUCUGAAUCACUUCCCGCAAGCCAGUUGCAGCUAUCUGGAGAAGAAUUGCAUUCAGUCAAUGAACGGGAUAGUGGUGCUGGUAUUGGAAGUAGUAGUGAUAUUGCCUCGCCAUUAACUGCAAGAUCACUGAGAUUAGAAAGAGUUGUCCAAGCACUAGCUCACAGUCAAGAAGAGUUAAGAAGGCAUGGUCAACAUAAUAAUGGAGCUCUCAAUUCUGGAACUACUCCUUCUCCCUUAUCGUCACGACAUAGCAGCCAGGAUAGUUUGUACAAGAAUAGUUUAAGUAGUGGACUUCCAACAGGACAAUUCACUAGUUCGUAUUUGCAUAUGCCAAUGACACUUAGUCCAAUAACUGCAGCAACAGUUGCAGCAGCGCAAAAGAAAAAGGGUAUUAAAAGUAGUCUUGGAAGAUUUUUCAGUAAAAAAGAAAAGAUAAAGGGUAAAGAUGCAAUUAUGCCUGGAGAUCUUCCAGGUAUGGGAGGAUUAAGUUUAUUUACUGACUCUGAUUAUGGAGAUAAUAAUUCAGUAGCAGGAGGAAUUACUGGCAAAAGUGAUUUCGAUCGCAGAAAAAAGAAAAGUAUGUUAGAUUCUUCUCGACAUGAAUUACUAGCAGAAGCAAUGAAAGCUGGUACACCUUUUGCUUUGUGGAAUGGACCAACAAUAGUAGCUUGGUUAGAACUUUGGGUUGGGAUGCCUGCUUGGUACGUUGCAGCUUGCCGAGCUAAUGUCAAAAGUGGAGCAAUCAUGAGUGCAUUAAGCGAUACGGAAAUACAGCGGGAAAUUGGAAUCAGUAAUCCUCUUCAUCGACUAAAAUUAAGAUUGGCUAUUCAAGAGAUGGUGUCACUGACAAGUCCUUCUGCACCAAAGACAUCACGUACUACAUUAGCUUUCGGAGACAUGAAUCAUGAAUGGAUUGGAAAUGUUUGGCUUCCCAGUCUUGGUUUACCACAAUAUCGGUCAACCUUCAUGGAGUGCCUUGUAGAUGCCAGAAUGUUAGACCACCUAACUAAAAAAGACCUUCGAGGACAACUUCGAAUGGUUGAUAGUUUCCAUAGGACAAGUUUGCAGUACGGUAUCUCUUGUUUGAAGAGACUAAAUUAUGACAGACAACAGUUAGAGGAUAGAAGACGUACUGCUGAAGGUAAAAAUAUAGAUGUUAUUGUUUGGAGCAAUGAUCGUGUAAUAAGAUGGGUGCAAUCUAUAGGAUUAAAGGAAUAUGGAAAUAAUCUUUUAGAAUCUGGAGUUCAUGGUGCUCUUGUAGCACUUGACGAAAGCUUUGAUGCUAAUAGUUUUGCACUUACUUUGCAAAUUCCAACUCAAAAUACGCAGGCAAGACAAAUAUUGGAAAUGGAAUUUUUAAAUUUGCUCACAACAGGGACAGAAAGAAGAAUUGACGAGUCAAAUAGUUUGAAAUCUUGAUCAAAUUCAUCGAGGCUAUUACACCUCCAACUACAUCAUGUCUAGUCCAAACCCCCAGCUAUUAUUAUUAUUAUUAUCUAUUCGCGAGUAUUAUGUAACGACAGUAAGAGCUUUAUGUAUCAUUGUUAAGAGCAUGCUCUUGAAUGUUCUCCUUUGACAGAUGGUAAUGUAAAAAUGAUAUAGUAUGAUAUUAAUGUCGUGAUCAGUUUCCUACUCGCACAAUGAAAUUUCAAACAUCAUAAAUUAAUAAAGUGUGACGUGUGGAAUGCCAUGUGCCAUACUGUUUAUUUGUAAAGUAGUUAUUAAAACUAAAAAACUGUACAGAGACGGAAGCAUGAUACGCAGAUUUUUUAAAUGAAAGAAAAAGUAUGUGCAUUGAUUAUUCCAGCGGCUCUAAUAAGCAUAAAUCUUUGUUGUACAAAUCUUGAUUAAUAGAUGUAUUUUAUUGCUUUCCAUUAACUGUUUAUGAUACACCAAUUUACCACUGAGUUUUUUAUUGUAAAUAGUUAUAUCAAUUGCAGUUAUAGUAAAAUAUAUUUUUGUUUUUAAAAUUAACAUGUUGCGUACAUUUUUUUGUCAGUAAUUUUGGUUUUUAAAUAUUGCAUUAGUAAUCUUUCAAUUUUUUAAAACUUAGAAUUCAGUGAUUAAAGCUAAUAGUACUUUUAAAUUUAUUAAAUAUUAAAUUCUUAUAUUAACUACAUUUGUCAUUCUUAUAGUUUUAGAUAUCAUACUUUUGUAUAAGUUUUUAAGGAAAUUUUUAAAAAUAUUUAUAGUUACUUGUUUAUACAAACUUUAAGCAUUUAAAUACAGCUAAUUUUGCAGAGUUACUCAUAAUCUGAUAAUCAGUAUUAUUAAUUACACAUUGAGUGAGAUGAACAAAAGUUAUUUAUGAUUUUAAAUACUGCGCUUUGUACUUCUUUCUCUGUACAAUAUUAUCAGAGUAAACUAUAGUAUAAAGUGCAUAAAUAUGGGGCAUUUUAGGUUAAGUAAAAUCAAAUUUCCGAUUGUGUUCAAUCUCAGAUAAUUCCUAUCCAUACAAUGUCGACGUUGAUAAACUUAAAAUAAAUUGGCUUUUCAUCAUUGUUAGUAAAUCAUCAAGAGCGCGAAUAUCUAUUUUGACGUGCAGAUUAUUUUUCGCAUGCCUAUUAAUCAUCAAACAAUAAAUCUGAAAAAUGUUGUAAUAAAUAAAUUUUGAAGUUUAAAUAA